UAAUAAUUAAUCUAACGCAAAUAUUAGUAUAUUGAUAAUAAAAAUAUAUAUUGCAAAUUGUUAACGCCGUCGCCUUCCUCAAACCAUAACAAAUGAUUUGUUUAAUUUAAGUGAAUCAACAAUACAGGCGUGAAAUUAUCUCGGCUACAUGAAGAGGAAAAAGAGAGAGAGAAAGAGAGACUGUUACAUUUUGCAGCAUACGCGAGCCCCGCACGCAGUUUAUAUCUCGCGUUACGCCUCUGUAAUAUCGAUCUGAGCGGCCAGUGGACAUGCGUUUAGCGCUUUUAACUUCAUUGUGACAGGUGCCCUGUCCGGGGUAUCCUGUUUGAAUCGUUUCGUCGGCACGGGAGCAUCAUGCGAUGAGUAAUCUGAACGUGAUAAAUAAUGUGACACCGCCUCGCGACGCGUGACUCUGAAUCAUCGCGGGCAAUCAUGUGCCGCUUGUUGCGUGCUUGUUGACGGAGGCAACGAGGCACCGCCGAGAUCCGUCGACACAGUGUCUGGAACAUGUGCCUUUGCUACGACUCCAACGAAAGGAUCCUCUCUCUCUCUCUCCCUCCAAGAGCACCGAUUUGUUUUCUACUUGAUUGACUCCUGAUUUACUGUUGGUCAAUAAUUUAAUGAGAGGUUCAUUGGCUUGAUAAUGGAUUAAAUAACGACGCCAUCCCACGCGAACCCUAAGAACCCCGUUAAUCUGAAAAAACAUGACUGCCAUAGGCGACGUGCAAGCCUUGCAGACUCUCGCAGUUUACACCAGCGAUGUAAACAGCGUCGACUUCGCCGGUGAUUGCAUUCUGGUAACGGGAUCCGGGGACAAACGUGUCCGAGUCUGGGAAUGGCAGCCCGGCACCGGCUACGUAGAGGCUUACUUCUCGCCUCUGAUGGGGCACAAGUAUGGCGUGACCUCGGUCAAAGUCAGCCCCCAAUCCACUAUGUUGGCCACUUCGAGCAUAGACGGCACCACGCUACUCUGGAACCUGCGAACGGGGACGAAGAUACACACUAUGGUGCAAGUAGGCGGCGAAGCGGUGAGAGUCUGCAGAUUUUCGCCGGAUUCGACGUUACUCGCGACCGCUGGUGAUAAUGGGCAAGUCUGCAUCUGGGAUCUGGUUCAUCGCAAUUUAAUCAGGUGCUUUCAAAAACAUGAGGGCGCCGUGCAAAGCCUGUCCUUUUCACCGGACUCUAGCUGGCUGAUUACCUCGUGCACGUUGGGUGUCCUAAAGCUGUUCUCCACUGCCGAACUGAUCGACACUUGUACCUCCAGCAAUCAAGACAUCGUCGAACUCGUCUCGAUCGAUGAUGCCCACGAUAUGGGAGUAGUUUGCUGCGAUUUCUCAACUUUCCAAGAAGUCACAUGUAAUGAGCCGUACACCAAACUUUAUCAGCUGGUCUCGUGCGGUAACGAUCACGAUGUGAAGUUGUGGGAAGUCACGGUGAGCCAGAAUAAAUGCGAGGCCCAACCCUCUACUGCCACUAUACAGCUUUGCAGAGUGAUGGAAAAGCACAGCAGUGCCUUAACUUGCGUCCGUUUUAGCAGCAACGGAUUAUAUAUUGCCAGCUGUGGCCUCGAUAAAACAGCAGUAAUCUGGGAGACGAGCUCAGGAAAAGUCUUGACGAUAAUUUCCGGUCACAAUAGAUACAUAGCUUGUUGCGCUUUUUCACGUGACGGGAGCUUGCUAGCGACAGGCUCUAACGAUAAAUCAGUAAUCGCGUGGGAUUUAACGGGGAAUUUAACUAUCGAUUCGGAGCUCUCAAGAAACAUCGGAACAAAGUGGUUUGUGAAUGAUCCUGAAAAGAGUACUAUGCACGAACAGGAUGUGAUGAGAAACGUCGAGACGUAUGCUAACGAAGUGAGAUUAAUUCAGAGAUUAGAGGAUCAUUAUGGAGCAGUGAACAGCGUUGCCUUCCAUGGAAACAAUCUUUUAGCCUCAGCAUCAGGUGAUAAACUGGUGCGCAUGUGGAGUGUUGAAAUGGAAGAGGAGGAUGGAGAAGAAGUGAUUAAAAUACUAGAGAAACCAUUCAGUCCACUCGACGCUCAUACCUACAGUGUAAAUUAUGUGGAAUUUAGUCCGUGCGGUUCAAUGCUCGCGUCUUGUUCUCUCGAUGGAACGACUUUACUUUGGAAUACAGAAAACGGAGAGCAAGCGAAAUCUUCUUUUGUCAAUUCUGGGACAGGCAUCCGCGUGUGUCGGUGGACACCUGACGGCAUGAAAAUUGCUACUGCCGGUGACGACGAGAAAACAACGUUAUGGGACGUGGAAAACAUGGAUCAAUUACAAUAUUAUUACAGCGUUUUCGAGGGUCAUGCUGACGCGAUAUCGGCCAUCGCAUUUACGCACGAUUCUCGAUACCUGGUGACUGCGUGCAACGAGGGCACCUGGCGUCUCUUCGAUACUCUGGAUGAAAAGAACGGUUCCGAAGCAUUAUUAGUUUGCGAUGCAAGUCAUGAUCUAGGUGUCCAAGGAUGUGACUUCAGUCCUACCCCGGGCUCUCUGAUGUGCAGUGCAUCAAGAGACACAGAUGUGAACCAACAGAUAUAUCUAUUGGCAACAUGUGGCAAUGAUUCAUUGGUUAAAUUAUGGCAUAUAAUUAUUUCAAACGAUCCGCCACCUAAUCCGGACAGUAUUGGAUCAAGCGAUAUCGGAACGCGUUACAAAGAAAAGAAAUCUUUGACCGGGCACGGUGGAAACGUAAUGUGUGUUUGUUUCUCGCCUGUUCAUGGAGAAGUUCUGGGUAGUGUCGCAACAGAUAGAACAGCUCGCAUAUGGAGUGUGUUUUCCGGAAGUUGUUUAUAUGUUCUGGAGGAUCAUGAUAGUCUUGUUACGUCCUGUGCGUUUUCCGAAGAUACAUCAUUCUUUGUUACAGGCGCGUUGGACAAAACCGUUUUGAUUUGGAAGAUACCUCAACAAUUAGUGUCACAAAAUAAUUUGAUGGAUAGUUUGAGAAACAAGAAGAAGAGGGUUACGGAUUGGAAAGUAUAUGAUACUUUGAAAUGGUUAAAUGACAUUGAAUUAUCCAGACUAUCUAGGAAGAUACUUGGUUUGGGAUUAACCGGAAGGCAUUUGCUGUCUGUAUCCGAAAACGAACUGAUAUCGCGAUUAGAAAUUGAGGAUGACAAAGAGGCAAUGGAGAUAUUGAAAAAACAAUUAUACUGGCUAAAGCGUGAGGAUUGUAAUAUUACGGAAAGUAUAGAUGAGUCUGAGAUUCCCCAUGAAUUCUUAUGUCCUAUAACACACGAAAUAAUGAAAGAACCUGUGCAAUGCUCAGAUGGAUUUACUUAUGAGAGGGCAGCUAUAAAUGAAUGGUUCCUGUGCGGAAAAUACACCAGUCCGAUGACAAAUGAGCCGCUGCACGACACUUCCUUUACCCCAAACUUUGCUCUCAGAAAUGCUAUACUCACUCUACUUCAUGGAGAAGGACCACAAUAGUAAUUGCACCUUACGCACUUAUGGAAGAACAAGAAAAAAAAGCAGAGAGCAUUAUAUGCACGUGUUGGUAAUUUAUAACACACCAUAAGCAAUUAUUCUACGGUACAUUAGACAUUUACAAUUCAAUGGUUUUAAUGCAAUAAGAUUCGUUCUCUUUACAAGAAUCGAAAGGAAUUCGAACAUCGAUCGGUAUCUGCGGACCAAUUAGAUACAUAUAAAGAUACGAAAGACUUAGUAGUGACUUUUCAUAAUUAAAAAUAAUAACCGCGAUACCGCGUAAGGACUGAAGGAAAUUACAAUUCCUGAUCUUUUAUUUGGAGGACUUUUGAAAUUGGAAUUAUUGGAGAUACGCUUAGAGAGAAAAUGUUUUAACGAUAAUUAAAAAAGGAGCAAUUGCCAAUAAUUUUAUGAAAAGCAGUACGUAUCUAAGAACCGCUACUGACUUUGAUCGAUUGCUUGGGAAGCAAUGUCUAGAGAUGAAUAUUAUCGAAAGAUUUCCAAAAAUUCGAUGAUAUAGCGCGUGUACAAUACACGUAACGAUCCAGAUACCUGAUGCAAAGCAACAAGUACAAGUUUAUAAAAAUUUAUGGACAAUCUUCGAGAUUUACGGAUAUAAUGAAUACGCUGGUCUAAAUAAUAUCAGAUAUUACAGAAUAAUCGAACGUACAUACGUAUACAUGUAGUUAGAAACAUAUCGAGAUUACACGGAUUUUAUAUCGGUUCUAGGUAUAAACGGAAGUUACAAGUUUUUUCGAACUGAGUCAAAUAUGACGUAUUUCUGUCAGUCUCCUUUGCAUCUCCAUUUAAAAUUUUUUAUAACUUGAAUAACUCGCGUUUUCUUCAAAAAUCAAAAAUUCGAUUCUGCAUCACGAAAUGAAAGAUUUACAAUUUUGUGUAAGGCGUUCUUGAUAUUAAAACUAGAACUAAUUUUGAAUUUAAGGUUGCAUUGACAGGGUUGACUUUACAUCAAAGGAAAGAUUUAGGAUUAUUUAAUAUUGAAGAAAGUGAUUUCCAUAACUUUUUGACUAUUUCUUCUUUAGAUAUUAAAUAAUUCUAAAAUGAUUUCUAUUAUGAUGCAAAGUUGCAAAUUUUUAUCUUACAGUUGUUGAAACUUUUAAGUAUUGUAUAUGAUUGAAAACCAAGUUUUCAAUUUAGGAGUUAAUGAAAAUUUUGCGCGUUAUAAACACGUUUUAGAAUGAAUAUGCUACUUAGUAGUAUAGAAAUAUUUGUGCCUAACAUAACAAGGACUUAUCAUAUUUCUCGAGAUAUUUCAAAGAAGAUAUCUCAAUUUUUUAAUCUACGACGUUAUCGCAUUUUAUCAUGUGUUUAUUUUCUGAAGCAUACUUUAUAAUAUAUAACAGAAAUAUGUUAAUAUGUAUAUACGACUUGGUGUAAUAAUAAUGUUACUUUCUAUUUGCAAACAUCAAGCAAUACAUUAAUUUUUGAUAAUUUUAUUUAUCCGUUGCAAUUGCUAAUGUUAAACAAAGAAAAUUUUCUUUUUUUGAUAUAUCAAUUGUUAUCGUUAGCAAGCACAGAAAUUGUUCGUUAUUAUUAAUUGUCGUAAAUGCUGUGGACUUUGUUAUACACUUCCUAGAUCGGCGAUAUGGAUAAUAGGUAGUUAUAAUCAUUUUAUAAUAACACGAUAUUAACUCUUACAGUAGUCUUAAGUGUUAUAAACAACAAUUACGAAAACUGUAUAUAACAGUUGACUGUAUGUAACAGACAAGAUAUACGUGUGUAUCGCUUGAAGGAACGUAAACCGUCGAUUUAUUUCUCUUUCUGAGAAAUCAGUCCAAGGUGAUUCGAAAAAAAGAACUCAGUCGUUUCUAAUUAGCGUUUACGCACAGAUUUUUACAUGAUUUCUACGAAUUUUUCAAUCACUCAUUACGAACACGAUUUUGUAAUUGUAUGUCUUCAGAUUGUCACUCAAAUUCAAAGUCUGUAUUUCUGUGAUAUAAUUGAGAAAUCGUUUGAAACUUGUGUAUCGGAAGAAUGCGGUUUUUAACAUAAUAACACAAUUGGGAAUGGCAUAUUUAGAAUCGCACUAUCAAGGAAAGUCGAAACAAACGCAAUCGAGCUUGGAGCGUUAAGCGAUUUUACAAUUGUAAGCGUGAUUUUUCUGUAUAGCUAUAUACAAAUAAUAAAACCGAUAUUAUGAUAAUA